AUGGACUCUGUGGAUACAGCGGCUGCGGCGUUUGUGGCGGCAGCACGGAGUUACGAGGAGGCGCUGGCGGGCAAGGUCAAGGCCGAACAUGCGGCAGCCAAGGCACUGGACUCGGCAUGGCGGGUGGUGGAAGAGCCGCGAGAGUACUCGGGCGUGUGUGCGGAUGGUACAGCGGUGACGCUCACGGCUCCGUUGCGAAGGGCUCGGUCGGAUACUCGGGCGCUGACAAAGCUUCAGUCGGCGCUGGAGACUCGUGCCGCCUUGCUCCUGGGUCCGGUCUUCGCCGCCCUUGGCGAGCUGGCUGCGGCGGGGGUGCGCCUGGAUUCAGUCGCGGCUGCUCCGCCGCAAGCAGAGGAUCCUGCUGCGCUGCUUGCGCACAUUGCCGACAUCGACGCACCUAUCGCGGGGACAAGGCUGGCGUCGACGCCUGCCGCCGCCAUCGCGCGGACAUCGGAGCUUGACGACGCGCUCGCUCACUGCUCCAGCCGCCUCCGGGCCGCAGGUCUUGCCGCCGCCGCCGCCAUCGGCGACACAUACUCUGUCUCGCCGCUGGACAUGCUCACUGCUGUACUUGGCCUCGGCUCGCGCGCCGGCUGGGCUGCGGCGCUGCUGGACGUACCUGUGGACGCGGCGCUGGCCUCACCAGCCUGGCUUGAUGCGCUCUUUGCGCAUGCGCUCGAGCUCGGCCCGGCGCUCCCGGUCCUGCUUGCCCAGUAUCCGAUGGCAGCGGUGGCGGCGACGUCGCGAGAUGCCAUUGCGUUGGAAGCCGCUGUCGUCACCCCGCUAGCUGCCGGCCUCGACACAGUCGCGACCUCGGCGGGCAUUUCCGCCCCGGUCCGCACCCUCACCGUCGCGCUCAUUCACCGGAUGUUGGCACUGGCGCCGUGCGCGGCGCCCGAGCUAGGGCUUGCUGUCCUCGGCAUUCUCACCCGGUCGCCAUGGCCGUCGCGCCCGCUCGCUUCGUGGGCCCUCACCCUCUUUCCGUGGCAGGCGCUCGGGGCCGAUGCCGCGGCUGUCGCCUUCGCCGAGCUUUACGGCGUGACUGGCUUGCCGAUGAGGGCGUGGCUGGGAAGCUCUGCCUCGGAGCGCGCCGAGCAUCGCACUGCGUUUGCUGUGACUUGCCUCGCUGCAGCCGCCGACGCUGCGCCGCUGGCGGUCGCCUACGCCGACGCGCUCGCCCGCAACCACCCCGAGUCGGUGGCGUUUGUGCCGGCCCACUCGGAUGGAACUCUGGCACACUUUCCGCUUGUGGCCGCUCUCGCUCGUCUGGCGGGCUCUCGGCUCCGGGCACGGACGCCGUCGCCGCCAGCCGAGCUCGAUCUUGCGGCCACCAUUGUCGACGAGCUCAUCGGCGUUGCGUUCUGUAUCGAAGAUGAGCUCGUGGCAGUCUCUGCUCUCUCGCAGGGAAUCUCGCCGCCGCCAACGCCUGCAGCGGCUGCAUCGCUGCGCGGCGAGGCGGGCGCGGCGUUGGCUGAACUCGCCACCGGCUCCCCAUCAGGCGCGGCAGUGGUGGCGGAGCGACUGGUCGAGACGCUGCUGUUUCUGGAUGGCGAGCCGGGCGCGCGGGUUGCCACCUGGCUCAAUCAGCUCCCGAAGAAGGCGUGGUCGGGUGCGGCCGCUGGCACCUCACGGGCGCUCCUCGCGCUUCUUUCCGGCACGCUCCACAGCGUCGAUGGCGACUUUGAAGACUGGCUGCCGCACUUGAUUGGAGGUUCGGCUCGCCCUGGUCCGGUCCCGGCGGCGGCCGGCCCGCUGCUUGGCGGCCUGCUGGACGUUGUCGAUCUGACAUCAGUGGGCGCUCGUGACAAGGUGCUGCUGCUGCUAGGGUUUGUGCGCGCCGCCGAGGUCCUUGACGCGCGGUGGGUGUGGCAGACCGUGACCAGUCCGUCUGUCGUUGGCGCGCUGGCGUCCGGUCCACUUGAUCCGACCUAUGUGCAGAUUGUGGUCUCUCUUCCUUCCCACGACGCUGGGCCGCUGCUGAGGUGGGUCCAGCUGCACCUGGCAAUUGGACUAGCAGCGUCGGCCCCGGACCUUGCGCCGUGGUCGUGGCUCAAAUCGGAGGUGCGUGCGAUUCACGCCGCUGCCAGCUUUGCCACCACCGACCUGGAGCACGUCUCGGGCGUGUCGCUCGCAAUUGGUCUGUGGCACGCCCUCGCCUCUGCAGCUACGUCGGCAUGGCUCGAGAUUGGGCGCGAUUUGGCCUGGGCCAUGGCUGCCAUCCUCACUGCCCACCCCGAAGCGCUUGACACCUUUUCGCAGCUUGUUGCCGCGAGCUGCGGCUACCAGCAGAAGCACGCAGACUGGCUUGCGCUGUGGACGGCGGUGCUCUCGCUACAGCUGGCAUCGCCGAGUGUGGCCAAGCUUUUUGACCUGCUCAUCUACUCGGCUUUUGCCAAUCAGGAGGAGCUCAUGCCGCUGGUGACCGUCCUCCACCACCGCAAGCUCGACGCUGCCGCCAUCGACACGCUCCUGGCGUCGUCGCUUUACUGGGUCGUGUACGUGGUGCUGCUGGGCGAGAGCCCGCGGCUUCCGGCUGGCGCGCAGGCUCCGGUCGGCACGUCGGCCAUGUACCGGUUUGCAGUUGUUGCCAAGCGCAUUCCCGACGAGGUGCUUGCGCUGCCGUUCUGGGAGCAGUUCUGGACAAUGUACUUUGAGUGGACCGCGGCGCUUCCGCCCGGCAUUGCGAUUGCUGACAAGAAGAAGCUGGAUAAGCUGCAAGCUCACUUUGUCGAGCGGGCGCACGCCUUUGAUGUCGAAGACUUGCAGGCGCUCCGCUCCGGAGCGACGACGCUCAGCAAGGCGCUGUCAAAGACCUACUUUGCGUUUACGACGUGGUCGGACGAGGUCGUGCCGGGGCGCGGCUUGCUGUUUUCCGACCCGAGCCUUGGUCUGCUUGACGCGCUGCGCGAGCGGUCGCCGCCGCGGCUGUACGUCUUUCCGCUGGCAGUGGCCAACCCGUUUGCGCCCGAGUUUGCCGCGAGUCGUGACGCCAACGCUGGACUUGACACUGCCUCGCAUGGCGCGCCGAAUGCGUGCCGCGAUCUGGCAGUUCCGUCUCCGGUCCAGCUUGUAGUGGCAACGGAGUUGUCGUCAUUGCAAGCGUCGCAGUCGAUUGUUGAUCUUACGGCGGCGCUGGGCUCCCUCUUUGACACGUACGCCCGGCUCGCCGCCGAAGUCGACGAUCUCUCUGUGGAGCUCCUCGAUCUUGCUUCGGGCAUGUAUGUGGAGCGGUCGCACCGCAAGACUGGCGAGGUCGGAUGCGGCCCGAGCUGCACCGGCGCUGCCCGGAUUGGAUACGCGGUGAUCGACGUCGAGUAUGCACCAGCCAAUGUCCGUGAGCUCAUUUCAGUCAACGCGUCCCAUUUUCGGUCGGCGGUGAAGCGACUCGGCCAGCUGCCGCAGGCACUCGCCGAGACCCUCGUCGCUCUGGAGCGAUCGCUUGCAACGCGAGAGACUGCCGCGCCCGGCACCGAGGUUGCCGAUGCUUUCCUCUCACUAGCGAGUGUGUUUGUGGCACUUCCGCUACGGGCCGGCCUCCUGGGUAUGGCGCCGCAGCUGGCUGCUGUUCUCCGCGACCUUGCUCGCCUUGCGCACGCAUCUGUGACGGCUGCUGAGCUGUUGCCGCGGCUGGCGACCAUUCUGGCGUCAUCGCCUGCGGUGAAGGACCCGACGGUCCGGUCUGUGCUCUACGCGUACUUUUCGCCGUGGCAGGCUGCUGCUCCGAGCGGAAGUCUGACCGACGCCGGUCUGGAGCUGUACUGGAGCGUGUUGGCACAUUUGGAGAAGGGCCUCUCAUCAGCAACAGCCCUGGAGAGUUCCGAACAAGCACUGCUUGCCGACGCGCUACAGCUGGACGCGUUUGCAAGGCAGGUCCUUGCGGGCUUGCAAGGUGCUUCACCGACCGAGCGUGUGGCAGGGGCGGGUCGACUUGCGCGGGCGCUGGCGCCGCUGGUCGUGGUUCCGCGGCUUGCUGCCUCUGUCAACGGCGUGCUUGGUCUCCUGAUGGGUGAUCAGCUGCUGGAGGUUGCGCUCGAGGCGGCGUCUGCAGCGCUGCAGGCCGCCGCGAGCAGUCCCGAGUGGCAGCCGCCGCGGGAGAUGCUGCGUUCUCUACCGGUGGAGCGAUUGGAUCAGGGACCACUCAUCACGCUUCUCGAGUCAAUGGCGGCAGCGUUGCCGGUGGCGGACGAGCCGCUGAUGGCGUUUGUGCUGCCACUGCUGCGACGGUGUGUGCUUGACAAUCCGCACGCGCUCGUCCUCCUUCACGAGGCAACCAUCGCCGAAGUGGCUGAGAGCGCGUCGGCGGGUGGCGGAUUCGUGGACGGACUGCUGGGCAUGGGCGGAGACGACGGCGAUGGGUCGGAUGAUGGGUCUGACGAGUCGGACGGCAGCGGAGUCGCGGUGCCGGCGGCGCACACCCUGUGGGAUGCGCUUUGUAAGGUCUGCUGGGCGGCGCUCAAACCGCGGGUCGAGUUUGGGACCGGCCGGCGGACGCGGGUCGAGUACCUCUCCACAGUCGGCUUUGAUGGCGUCCUCCGGCUUGUGGCCGACGUGGCAGCGCUCUGCCCGGCGGUCAUCGACAAGAUGGUUGGGCUUGUGGCAUGCGUGUUUGGGCCGUAUGUGUCGGCGUCGCGCGAGCGCGCGGCGGCGGCCGAGGUUCUGGAGAGCGGCGUGGCGGCUCUGCCGUGGGCAGCGGCCACGUUCCAUCUUUGCGACUCGCGGGCGCUUCGGCUGUUGUACUCUUUGACCGAGUCGCAGCCGUGGCUGGUGGUGACGCUCUUCAGCACUCUGGAUUGGUCGGCUUAUGCGGCCGGCGAUGAUCGGUGCGGUGCAAGCGCCAAAGUGCACUUUCUGCGACUCCUUCUUGAGCUGCGGGUUUGCGGACACGCUCCUGACGCAGUGGACCGCGUGUGGGAGGAGCUUGGCGGUGGCGAGGCAGCUGACGCGCAAGAUGCUGCGGAGCGGAGCUGGGCCGGGCUGGAGACCAAAACGUUUGCGACGUGCUUUACCGGAACGACGCUGGUGCGAGGCCUGGUGGUGCCUAGCCUCGCUGCGCUACAUCGUGAUGAGCCGAGCUCGCGACUGCUAGACGCGGCGCGGCUGCUCUCGCGAGCUGGGCUCGCCAAUGCGGGUGCCGGUGAAGUUCUGCUUGGAGUGGUUCGCGAGCUGCGGGCGCUUGUGGGCUUCUCGGUCACAUUUGUCCGCGACGAGUACGAGUACGAGGACGAAAGCGUGCUUGGCGGCGGUGCACUGGGCGGAGCCAUCGACGCUUGGCACCUCUCUGCCAAGGCACAUGCUUCGCUGGUGAGCCAUGUGAUGGUUCCGGUGGUGUUUGCGUCCGAGGCGGUACCGGGCCACGCAGCCCAGUGUCUGAUGCAGCUUGUCGAAUGCGCUGCUGGACGGCCUGCGGAUGCGGUGGUUGUCGACGUGGCUGCGCCUGGCUUUGGCAACACCCGCGACGGACUGGAUGCCAGGAGCCAAGUGGCGCGUCACAAGCGUGAGGCUAUCUUUGCGGCGCUGGUACGGUCAGUGACGAUGGCGUGCAGCGCGCUUCCGCCGGUGCUUGCGCUCGAGGCGCUCAACACUAUUCCGCUGGUUGGACUCAAGCAGCUGGAGGCUGCUCGGCUUUUGGAAGAGGCGCUGCGGGCACUGUUUAGUGCGACCGAGGGCAAGCUUGCUUCGGCGGCAGCAUCGCUGAUGGUUGACUCUGACGCGCUGAACGUGCUGGCGCUAGCAUGCGCGCGUGAGGCGCUACCGCUCCUGCUAGUGGUGGUGAUGGCCAAGGUUGAGGGCGCGGCGCGCGAGUCGCGGUCAUGGGCCGAGACAGCAGUCUCGCUGGUGGCACUGGCAAGCAGGUACACCGUCAACCCGUCGUCGCCGCGGGCGUUUGAAGUCAUCAUUGUGUGGCUCUAUGCGCUCCGAGUCAUCGGCUCUGCCAACUGGGAUGCGACGUCGGGCGAGUCGCAGGCGGCGGUCGCGGCGCUGCGGGCCGAGCUGGUGCGGUGCGAGGAGAGGCUGACUGAAUCCAGGGCGUCGGGCCUGUUUUCGAUGCUCCGCGGCAAGGCGGGCAGCAGCAGCGAGAGCGGAAGUGGAAGUGCAAUGUCGCCGGUGGUGCGACUGGCCGCGGCACUGGCCCGGAUCUGGCUGGACCUGCGGGCAGACCGGGCGGCCGGGGCCAAGGUCCGGAGGGCGGCGGAGGCCCGGAUGGGCGCUCUAGAGGUGUUGGCCUCCACCCCACAGUGGGCUUCAUACGCGUCGGUCCUAAUGGACGUGGCCAUGAUGAGCUCGCCGCUGACCGGGUUUUGUGACAUGUACCGCUGGCUGGUCGAAGCUCUUGUCCCAUACGCUCGCUACCUGCUGGGUAUCUUUGUCACCAACGAGGCCGGCGGGCUGCACGAGGACACAGACGACGCCGAGUACUUUGACACCGCCCCACCAGAGAUCCAGCUCGCGCCACUUGUGAGUCUUGACGACGCAGACGGUGCAGAUGAAGAGGUUGGUGCGGAGCAAGACCGCGGUGGACGUGAGGAGACCGCGGUCGUGCCGCUCAUUCCAGGCAUUGCGCCGCCACCGGCGCGUCGGGCCACACCCGGUGCGAGGUCAACCUCUGCCACUUCCUCCCCUGCUCCUACUAGCCUGGCCUCACCUGUCUCGACGAAGCCGCUGAUUAUCCUCGAUUGAACGAUGGCGGAUGA